CCCUCUGCCACCUGUGGAUGGGACAGUGCGACUCCAGUUUCUCUCUGCUGCUCGCGCUGUGGAACGUGGUGGCCCUGCUGGUCCCCCGCCCCGCUUCCCUGGCGCCCUGCUACUGUUGUUGCUCCCACGCCAGCCCGCCCAUCCCACACACCCGUCAUCACUACACCUAGUCCAUAGUCCCUGCCCCACGGGCGCCGCCCCCCCUUCACCUCCCCGGGGGACCUGCGGCGGGCUACCCAGGUGGUGGAGAUCCCCAGGGCGGCUAGUGGGAGGCGUGGUGGGCGUGCGGCGUGAGAGGAUGGGCGUGGGGGGUCUGUUGCAGGCGUGCGUCACCACUGGUCAAUGGGGCCCUGGCCAACUCUCCGUCCCUCACACCUGAGUGUCCUCCACGAGCCCCCAGGGUGUAUGCGUGAGGGCGCGCGCACGGGAGGACGCUGAGUGUGACGCACCACAGACUGCUGGCAGUGGCCGCGCAUGACGUACUAACGCACCGCGGCGGCGACCAGUUUGUGCUUGGGUGAGUCGCCAGCGUCAGGAGGAGCUGCCUGCCGCGCCGCCCGUAGAGUGCACCAAAGAUGGCGGGGGGCGACACCAAGAAGACGGUGGUGCCGUGUGGGCGUGAUGAUGGUGGUGGUGGUGGGGACGUCCUGGCCAGGGAGGGCGUGGGCCCCCCAGGGGACGCAGAAGGGGAGGAGAGAGAGACCUGGGGCAAGAAGGUCGACUUUCUCCUCUCGGUCAUCGGCUUCGCGGUCGACCUCGCCAACGUGUGGAGAUUCCCUUACCUCUGCUACAGGAACGGUGGAGGCGCCUUCCUGCUGCCGUACUGCGUCAUGCUGGUACUGGGGGGCAUCCCGCUCUUCUUCAUGGAGUUAGCCCUCGGACAGUAUAACCGCAAGGGCGCCAUCACCUGCUGGGGCCGCCUCGUCCCACUCUUCAAAGGUGUGGGGUUCCAGGUGGUGUGUAUUGCCUUCUACGUGGACUUCUUCUACAACGUCAUCCUGGCCUGGAGUCUCCGCUUCUUCUUCGCCUCCUUCACCACCGCUCUGCCCUGGACCAACUGUAAUAACGAGUGGAAUACCCCCAACUGUAGGGAGAUCGGCAGCAGGAAUGGGCCAGAGGAGAUAAUCUACACCAACAGCACCAGUUAUGAGGAGACCACCAGCAUCCUGCCCUCCCUCGAUAACUUCACCUCGAUAGAUUCACAAGUCGUCAGGGAGAAGAUCAAGUUUACUUCACCGGCGGAGGAGUACUGGACGCGUGUGGUUCUUCAGAUACAAGAGAGCCCCGGUAUAUAUGACUUAGGAAUCAUCAAAUGGGACCUGGCGUUGUGUCUCCUGGCAGUCUACCUCAUCUGCUACUUCUCUCUGUGGAAGGGCAUCUCCACCUCUGGCAAGGUGGUGUGGUUCACGGCGGUGUUCCCCUACGUGGUGCUCUUCAUCCUGCUCAUCAGGGGCGUGACACUACCGGGCGCCGCAGAAGGCAUCAAGUACUACCUCAACCCUGACUUUUCUAAGAUCUGGGUCGCCGAGGUAUGGGUAGACGCGGCCACGCAGAUCUUCUUCAGCCUGGGGCCGGGCUUCGGGGUCCUUCUUGCCUUCGCCUCCUACAACAAGUUCCACAACAACGUCUACAAGGAUGCAAUGGCCACCAGCCUCAUCAACUGUUGCACCAGCUUCAUCUCCGGGUUCGUCAUCUUCUCUGUGCUGGGUUACAUGAGUCACAAGAGCGGCAAACCCAUCAACGAGGUGGUGGAGGAAGGACCCGGCCUGGUGUUCGUGGUGUACCCUGAGGCCAUCGCUACCAUGCCGGGCUCAACCUUCUGGGCCAUUAUAUUCUUCAUGAUGCUUCUUACCCUCGGCCUCGACUCUUCUUUCGGGGGGUCAGAGGCGGUGAUCACGGCCCUCAGUGACGAGUUCCCCAUCAUUGGUCGUAACCGUAAGAUCUUCGUCGCCAUCCUCUUCUCCGUGGACUUCUUAGUCGGCCUCGCCUGCUGUACACAGGGCGGAUUCUACGUGUUUUCCGUGUUGGAUCGCUACGCUGCUGGAUACUCCAUACUGUUCGCUGUCUUCUGUGAGGCCAUCGCUGUCUCCUGGAUAUAUGGUAUAGACCGGCUGCAAGACGACAUCAGGGAGAUGAUCGGUUUCGCCCCGGGUCUCUACUGGCGCACUUGUCUCAAAUUCUUCGCUCCUGCCUUCAUCGGCAUCAUCAUCGUGUACGGCCUCAUCACAUACAAGCCGCUGUCCGCCUCUGAUCCGGAGGCUUUCCCCUGGUGGACAGACCUCAUAGGCUGGAUCAUGGCUGGCUCCUCCAUGAUCAUGAUCCCCUUCGUCGCCAUUUACAAGAUAAUCAAGGUUCCUGGUCCUGCGACAUUACGCCAGCGGCUGAAGAUCCUGACAACGCCGUGGAGGGAUCAGCAGGUGUCUGUAGGUAACGGGGUGAGAGCCGAGACCAACCAGAUCAUCCUUAACUCUGACACUCCCGCGCCAGACCAAGUGUAGCCACCACGCCUCCCUACAACACUACAACAACAAAAUGAAAUAUUAACAACAAAACUGCCCUCCAAGCUCCCGACACUAGAACAAGUGAACCACGAGACUGAAGAGUUUUAACGGAAGUAUCUGAUAAGGUAGACGCAAUGCAGUUACAACUAGAAAAUCACCUGAUAAAAUAGUUAUAGGUUCUGUAAGUCAGCCAGCAGUCAUGAGGCGACAAUGAACUCCAACACUGGAGAAACAGCAGCUGCACGCUUCCCUGGACCGCUCACCCGUCAUCUAUACAUAUCAACUGACCAUAUUUAUAAAGGGACAAACUUCCUCUCAUGCCAUAAAAUUCCAAGCCGAUGGUACAUUUUUUCAAGGGACAACACAAGGGGACCUGGGCAAGUCUUCUACCAUUUGAUGUUGACGGGAACCUAAUGACCAAGGUCGGAUGUUUACCGUUCUCAGCAGGAGCAUGUUGUUGUGCCACCAGAGGUUACCAGACCUUAACCCUGAAACUACACGUCAACAGCAGCCAGGUUAUACUACGUAACUGUUAGUUUUAAAUGUUGGUGAAAUAUGAGAAUAUUUAGGAAUAUUAACACCAUCACUAGUUGUUCAGUGGGGAGUAACUUAGCUCUUGAUUAGGGUAACUUUUGCAUAGUUUACUUGUUUGGUUUUUGCUGUAAUGUCUGGUGGUACAAUUUUAUGCUUCAUUAGAAGAUUUGAUAAAUUAUAGACAUUGGUACUGUAUAUGAGUAAAAUAUAAACAACAUGACCAAUACUAACUGUUUCUGAAUAUUGUAGUACAAUCUAACAAUGUAUGAAUCUAACAGUGUCAAAAUCUAACACAAAUGUAUCAAUUGAUGUAGUAACAAGAUCUAACCGAUUGUAUGAGUCUAACAUAGAAUGGUAAAGCCUAACCUUGUAUGACUGGUAAUAGUGCUGUAUGUAGAUUUAUUGUGUACUAUAUUACUGUAGGUGUGUUAUUCUGUGCGUCUCACUACAUGACUUGGUCGCCAUCAUAAUCUCUCUGAUAUGUCUUAGUCUAGUUUGUGGCGUCACCGCUCAGUUUCUGGUGUUAUGAUUUAAUUUAAUACCUUUACGUGUGUGUUUCGUCGGAGUUUUUAUAUUAAAUGGCGGAGCUUAUUCGUGGCGUCCAACAUCAAGUAAUUGGCAUUGAUUAUGUUGAUAAUUCACAUCACUUCCUCGACCCCGGAUUCUGAGGAAAAAUAGUGGUUCUUGAGCUGACCAGCCCACAGGGGAUGAUAACUGCAGUAUAUGGUGUCCAAACAACAGAUCGUGCAAGCAAAUAAGCCUGAUCCACGCAACACACUACUGUACUGUACUUGCGUUUACUAAUAUAACUGGAGCUUGCCUCAUCACAACAGCUGAGCAGUUUUUGUAGCGCUUCAUCAUUCUGUCUGUGGCUGGGUCAUCACAGUACUGUUAAGUUUAUAAUGUUCGUGGCUAUAGUUGUUUGUGUACACCGACUUGUGUAGCGGUAGGCAGUGUAAAUAAGAGGAUGUGUGGACGCUGGAUGUCCCUGAAGGUAGGUGUACCUGUAUCUGUCAACAUGGAUUAGUUUUCAUGGUUUAUAACUAGUCAAAAUAAUGCCUCAUUAGAUAAAUAAUCAAAGUCUUCACUUUACUUGAACGUGACUAUAUAGUUCAUGGGCAGUGUGACAGUAUCUUGUAGGAGUUAAGAUUAGAGAGAAGGAAAAUGCCUCAAGUGUUAUGUGAAGGUACUGUACUGGGGGUAGAAGAACGGUUUUUGUUUAGUUGUUCGUAAUUGUUUUUAGCUCCCUGUUGGUCAGCACCAGGGUCAGUCGACGUUUGUGUAGUGGUAAGGCAACAGGUAUUAGUAUUAGUCUGUCAGUGUCCGUAUACAGUGGUCAAUAGUCAAGUCUGUCCAGUUAUAUUGUAUUGUAUUUUACAGAUUAUAAAACUGCCUUUCCGAAUGGCAUUAUCUUAGUAAACAAAAGAAUGUAACCACCUGAGAAAUCACACCGAACUUUGUGACGUGACGUGAAACACUCAUUUGAAUGACUUGUCUUAGCAGAGCAGUCACAUGUCAUGCAUCAGGUCUUUGUUUACAGGGCAAAUACUGCGAUCUUUUUGUUUACAGAGGUCCAUCAUCUUGACUCACAUGGAGAUCUCAUUUGGUAAAUAUUUGUGAAGCUAUUUUCGUAUGAGUCUACAAUAAUUAUGUAGGAGAAAUUUAAAGAAGUUAAAAUGCACGUAAGAUAAUGGAUACAACAACGGUUUAUCAUCACAUGUCACUAGUUUUGUUACUCAGUGGUAGACAUAUUGACAACAAGUUAGGAAGGGAAAUAUUAAAAUUGUGCAAUAAUACCAUGUAUCCGCGGUCACUGCUGUAUGGAAAGCGAAGACCUGUAUAGUAUAGUACAGUACAUUAUAUAAUCCCAGGUCUAUGUAACUGUGAAUUUGUAUGAACUAUUUAGAUUACAGCAAAUACCAAUUUUAGAGGUUUUGAUAGAAUAGUAUAUCUAAUAAUUCUUAAUGUCGAUGGACUAGUGUAGUUACUGAAGUAGUUAGGCGCUUAAAGACCUUAGAAAGUUUUAAGCGUAGUGAUAACAUUACUCCAUCAACAAGAGCAUUUGUUUAUAUAUGUCGCAUAAGUUAUUUUUGGUGCCGUUAAUACCCAGAUGAUUCAUGACACAAACAUUCCUAUAACGAAUACUGAGACUUUCGUUGUUUGUUAUUCAACUAAAACGUUUUUUUUUUCGUGACAAUAUACCGUACUGCAUGAUUGUCUCUGUCAGACGUAGAAGUUGCACCGUGUACACAACGGUGCAACAUGUGCUCUAUAAACACGCAAUUUUCAAUGAUUCUCAAACUUUAACUGCGGAGUUAUUACCGGUAAAACGUGUAUAUUAAUGAUGCUGUUGUAAUAACCUAUUAACAUAUUCAACUCUGUGUCCUUAUGUACAUAAAACAGGGCUUGUUCACGCGUAGUUAUGGAAAUUUUGAGCAGUUCUGUGAUUUUUUUUAAAUCUCUUGUUUUAUUGAAGAUUUAGGCUUACCAGAGUUCUUCCACUGACCAAUUAAUAUUUUUUUUUUCGUGUUCGUGUCACAAGUCAUCCUUACAAAUAGAAAUAUUGCUAAAAUUUAUAACCUUGUUAAUGACACAUGUAUGGUAAUAAUUAAGUGUUUGUGAUCUAUACUGGACUACUAGAUAAGUUUUUGGGAUAAGUAUAGUCAUUAUAUUUAUAUGAGUGAGAACAGUGCUUCACGGUUUGGCAGGUUCUCGCCCGCCUGUGUACAACUCAGCUCUGGUAGCGAGUUUGUCAACAUUUAUACUCUUGUAUAGUCAUAUAAAGCGUUUUAGUGUUGUGAAUAUAUUUGUAGAAUUAAUUGUUCUGUUAGAAGAUGUAAGUGUGUAUAAACGUUGGUUUUCAACAUUGGAAAAUAAUACAAGUUUCAGCAAGUGCUCCGUAAGAUACUGUGGAGCAGAGGACACGACAGUAGUUGCUGUAAGCUGCACUGCUGGCUGGUUGCACAAGGUCCCUGUAAUUGUGUACUGUAAUUAACGUGAAAUUAUAGUUCGAUAAUAGGAGCAUUUAUAUAAACAAAUCAGUGCACAAGAGGAUAUCAGUUGAGAGUCCGUGUCAACUCUGUUCACCAAAAGCUGAAGAUGUUCUGAACACCCCUGUGUGGUAACCACCAAGCAGGUUUAUAAGAAGAGCAGGGCAGGUCAGCCUUCAAAUCUAGUCUAAUCCUAUUGACACCAGGACUGUGAUUGUCCUGACAGGAUCUGGGUGAGCAAAAUCUGUUCAUAUAAACCAACACUUUAUUUGGAUUUGGUACGACAGUCAUAUUUUUGUCUACUGUAGUACUGUACUGUAAGGCAGAGCUUUAUUAACAGUAAAUUUAUAUAUAAAGUUAACACAUGAAUUCCGUUGAACCUCAGUUAGUAGGGAGUCGUCAGCCACAGACAACUAUAUGUUUCAUGACGUAAGACAAGCGUGGUGUUGGGCUCUGCAAGUGCCUGGUUCAUGUUAGACUUCCUGGGCGUGAGGCGUCGCGCGCGGCUCACUACGCCAGCCACCUCACCUCACCUCACCUUCGUAUAUGUAUGACUCAGUUUGCUUUUUAUGUUUUAUUUAUUACAUUUUAUAUUCCUUCAAGAACCGAGUCUACCUAACCUGGACUUUUUUAUGCCUGUUUGUGGCUUUUGUCAUGACUACUUGAGUGUUACAUGAUUUAAGUUCAACGUGUUUCUAGGUAGUAAAUAUUGAACUAAAGAUUUGUAGAGACAACUAAUUAGUACAUACAUACAUUGUUAAGAGGUAGGGUAUAAUCGCAGUUUUUUGUACAGUGUGGUAUACUAUAGACCGCGACCAGUGUUUAUGACAGCUGCUCGGGGUUUUAAAGACAUUUUUUUUUCGACGCUGUUGAGAAGUUUUUGUUUCUUACAUGUAGUCUUAAGGUUUAACGAGGAUUACUUGUUUCAUUUGUAAGUGGAAUUGUAAAGAUUUUGUGAAGAAUGCAUAUUAUUCAGCGUAGUGUAAGAUAUCACGUUCGUAUCUGAGGGUGCGGGGAAUUUGUCACAUAUUUUCCCGCCUGACGCUCCUGUGUAUUUAUGAGAAAUAUGCUAAACACAGCCAUUGGCAUAUUUCAGGGUGCUUGUAGAUAUGUUAUUGUUUGUGAGUGAGAUUGUUUAAUAUAUAGAGUUUCACCAUAUAUCACACAUUGUUUUCGUUGACACGUGUUUUCCUGGAAAUAUACAGUAUUCUGUCCGGAAGGUAAUUUUUUUAUGAUUAUACUUUUUUGUUAUUGAUUUCUGACGUCAAAGAGAAGGACCAGUCAAUAGGCAUUAUUCCACGUCAGUAGUCAAGCGAGUGUCAGAAUCUAAUCAGAAUUUAUUGCAGUUUUCGAACAUGUUCUUAGAGUGUAGUUUCAUUAGAUUUAGAUUGUCUUGGUACAAACAAAGCCUUUUAUAAAGAUUUUCGAACCUUGUGAUCGAGAGUCGAGAGCAGCCAUACAGAAGGAUUUGUUCAGUGCCAUUCUGUACCGUCAGACCUCAACAAGUUAACAACAACAAACAUAGCCGCCGCAUGUUACAGUUUACGGCCUUCUGUUUUGUUUUCUCUAGUCAUGUUCUAACUGUAUAACAUUCGAUAGUUAAUUGAAAUUCACUCCUUAAUUUCAUCAUCAAACAACAUAAGACUACCAAAUACUUAAAAAAAAAUGUGAAUGUUGAUGUCUUAGUAUUUGAAUAGACUACCAACUUUCCCAGAUUCUCAAAAAAUAACAAAUUACAACAUGACUAAACAGAGAUUAACAAAAUAGAUUGCUAGCGGACACUAUAAUUUGUAUACGGUCUGAAUUAAUGUUUGUGCUGCCAGUGUUGUAGCAAACAGGCGAAGCGGAUCCACUUUUUUAGUUUCAUUUACGUUAAUAUUUUUUUUUAUUACGUGAGGACAAGGUAUUAAUACAGAAAUUACGUUAGGAUAUUUGUUUCUAGAUAAAAAAAUGCGUUCUCUCUCUCUCUCUCACUUUACGCGAGGAUAAAGUAUUAAUUCACCAGUCGCUUAGGUAUCCAUUUAAAGAUUUUUAUUCGUGGCGUAAAACUGGAGUCAUUUAUUAAUAUAACCAUUGAGUUAAUAGCAUUUCAUUUGCUAGUUAUAGUGCUGGUAACUGUUUACUGGUAAUGGCUGAUAUUGGCUAGUUGAGAGUGACUGGAUAUAUUGUAUUAUUAGUUGUUUAUAAGCUAAUUAAAAAUAAAAUAAAAUAUUACAUUUCUGAUACAAGUUGUGAUUCAGAAAAAAGUUAACUAAAAUACUAAUGCAAUUUUGAGUGGUCAGGUCAAGUCAGGUUAGAGGUCAGGUCGAGAGGUCAGGUCAAACAUACCAAGAGAGGUCAGGUCGAGAGGUCACAGAAAGCGGUCAUUUGAGUUAUUGUAAAUACUGUAAGUCUCUUACGUACAGGUGAGGUCGGCAGGUAAAAUUGUAAAACAGUAUAUUACAAAGAGGUCACUUCUAGAGGUCAUAAUAAACUGCUGAGGUCACCAGGUCAUGUGAUAUAAUAGAGGUCACAUCUAGAGGUCAUAAACUGCUGAGGUCACCAGGUCUUGUGAUAUAAAGAGGUCAUAAUAAACUACUAAGAGGUUAUGAGGUCAUUUAUAUAAAGUAAAAGAGGUCAUUGAAAGGUCACAUAAGUAAUUAAACAGACAGUACCAGAGUCAUGUACAGAAAAGAUUAAAUACUCGAUAAAGGAGCCAUAAAGGGUCAAUAAGUAAUUAACAAGGUCAUACGAGGUCAUAGUUAUAAAGAGGUCAUUCAGAAUUAUAAUAAACAGAUUAUAAAAAGGUCAGCUAGGGUCACCUUUGAAGGUCAGCCCCAAAUACUUGAUGAGAGCCAUAAUGGGUCAGAUAAAUAAUUAACAAGGUCAUACGAGGUCAUAGCUAUCAAGAGGUUAUUUAGUCUCAUGAUAGAUCUUAAUAAGGUCAGAUGGAGUCACAUGCGAAGGUCAGCUCUAACCAGUUCGUUUAUUGGUUGACUCCUCCUAGCCAAUCAGCGCCUUUGUUGGUAUCUCGUAUCCAGUAUCUAAUUGGUACACUCUUAACCAAUAAGCUGCCAGUAUUUCAGCAAAUCGAAAUUACAGCAUAGAUUUUUUUUAUCACGUGAAUUUACUUAUUAAAAACUUGUGAUCUGUCGGAUUGAGAAUUAAAAGAAAAAAUCCCUCACACGCAAGAAACAUUACCAGUAAGAUCAGGAAAGGCGAAAAUUUUUGGAUGAUUAAACGUAGCAUAAAUAAUAAUAAUAACUGAAUAAAUACAUAUAUAAUGACAGUCAGUAACCAACAGUACUUCUAGCAAAUAAUUGGUUUAAGCUUUCGUUUAUUCAUUCUGUUUUAAAGACAUUAUAUUUCUGCAAAAGGUUUAGUAUUGAAAAAUUUAUCCAUUAUUAAUAAAAAAAAAUAUAUUGAUUAAUUAAGGACCUAACAUAACGACAUUCUUACUUGUUAAUAAAUAUAUGGGACAACAGAUGAGAGAGUAUGUAGUCCCCGCGAGCUUAUUACCAGUGUGUUCGGGUACCUCGGGUCUCUGUGUUCGAAUCCAGUUAUUGGUUUAUUUUAAUACAGUUUUACGGUGAGUUAGGUUUAUUUAAGGAAAAUUUUAGGGAUGCAAGUUUUUCAUUUUUUAUUUUUAUUUUAUUUUUUUGUUUUUUGAGGAAGUUUUAAAAUAUUUUGGGAGAAUAUUUGUGGAUGUCGUGAAUAGUCUUGUGUACGCCUCUCGUAAACACCAUGUAUUUAUUAUUAUUAUUAUUAUUAUUAUUAUUAUUAUUAUUAUUAUUGUUAUUAUUAUUAUUAUUAUUAUUAUUAUUAUUAUUAUUAUUAUUAUUAUUGUAAUUAUUAUUGUUAUUAUUAUUAUCAAAAGAGAAUGUCGUCAUUAUGCAACUUUGUACGCGUUCUGUGCUUUACUUAUGACAAAUAGAGAAUCUUACAUUAUUA